AUGAGUCCGGACGUGUUGAAAGUGACUUUGAGUCAGUAUCGUGGACCGUUGAUUACGAGCUAUUCCGGGGACGGUGGUGGCGUUAAGGGUGGUGAAGCUGGUUACGUGAAGUCGAACAGUGAGAGUGGUUCCGGAGGGUAUCGCCAUAAGGAGAGUUUCCACACCAAGGAUGGAAACGACUACGAGCACGAGCGGCAGGAAGGUUACGGGGAGUCGAAGGGGGAAGAGGUUGAUCAUGGAAGUGGUGCAAGUGACGGACAUGCGGAAAGUGAACGGAAGAACGAUGAAACGGAUGGGGAUAGUCGGGAGGAGGUCGAGGAAGAUCGGAACUACGAAGUGACGGAAGAGGAUAAUAAUGACCACAAAAAUCCACAACAACAUACGACCUACGGAGUGGCACCCACGAAACAAACGAAGAAGAAAAUCCAGCCAGUUCCGGAGUUUGGAACCAGGUUGACGCUGCCGAAGAAGACGUCCCACAAGAAGAACCACAACGGGUACGAAACGGUGAUCUACCACGAUAAUGAGCAGAAGGGCUUCGAGAAGGGUUACGAUCGACGGCAUGGUCACAAUUCUCCACCAAAGUCGGUGAUGGUCACGCAGAAAGAUGAAGAUUACGAGGAGCCUCGGGAGGAGGAUCGUGAGGACGAGGAGGAGGAAGAAGUUCGUGAAGAUGAUGAAAAGACAGAAGAUCAGGACCGAGAAGAGUACGACGAGAAUUACAACAGCUACAAGUAUGGUAAUGACUUUGCCAAGAAUUACUACGAUGAUGAGGAACGGGAGAGUGAAGAUCGAAGAAACGAGCGCCGGGGUUCGGCCCGGGACGACGGUCCCGACUACGACGCCGAGGUCGAUAAGGAGCAGAUUGAUGAGACUGCAAAUGAGGAUAAGUACUACGGCGAUGAGUACGAUGACGAUGAUUACAGGCGGCGGCAGUACGAGUACGCCAGUGAGGCCGAUUAUGAUGCUCAGCGAUAG